AAGAGAGAGAGGGAGGGAAAGAGAGAGAGAGGCAUAAGGAUAUGCAAAGAGCAAAGCUCGUGUGUUGGAGUUGCACUGCCAAUGCGUGCUGUUACGCACAGAAACCUUCGUCCAGGACUGGAGUGCACGGUGCGAAGGAGCUGGGUUUAGUUUCCUUGCAUUGAUAGAAAAAAGAAAAGAAUCUUCAUCAACAGUUUGAUCGUCAGAGCCCAGCAAAGUCAGCAGUCAUCAAUCCCCACAGGAAUGGUUGAUCACUUGCCACUUGGUGAGGAGACCUUCCUGUAUUAUUCCUGCUCUCCAGGGUCUGACUACGGGUGCGCGUCUCGCCACACCAAGGGUGGUGUUUCGCAGGGCAUCAUGGUGACUGAUGCGGGCACCUAUCAGCACCACCCUUACCAAGGGCUGACGCUCUCCUCCUCGCCUUGCCUCUCUGAAGAUGACCUCAGCGACUCCUCCAGCCCGCGCUCCUCCCUCUGCUCCAGCCCCGAGUCCACAUCUUCAGCAUCACGGAGCAUUUUUUGCUCUAGCUAUGAAAGCAGGAGCAACAGGAGCAGUGGGUGCUCCAACUCAUCAGGAGGAGAGAAUCAAGAGAGUCUUUUGGACCUCCUUCUCUCACAGGCCUCCCUAACAACCUCAUUCAGCUCCAGUAGCGGCAACAUUUCUGUUUCCUCCUCUCUUUCUUUGUCUUCCCCAACUUCCUCUACCUCCUCAUCUCCAUCAUCCCCUUUUUUGCCCAUGGGCCUAGCAUGGGAGCCCAAGAGGGAGCAGAGAAUUGGAGUUCAGCAGCACUUGACCAAAGAGGAGUGCUUUGAGUUCCCAGUUUUCCUUGAGGAGCUGCAGGAUCCUGAAGCACUCCUCUUUCAGCCAACUCUAGAGGAGAUUGAAGAGUUCCUUGAAGAGAACAUGAUGAUAGCAAUGGAGAAGGAAGAGAAUGGGAGUGAUGAGGAAAUGUCACCUCCCACGUCUAUGUCAGAUGAUACGGAGUCAGAGGGUUCAAUGACACUCACAGCAAAACCUGAAUCAUCAUCCCAGAACUCAGAUCAAACUGUCCCUGUGUCCUCCAAGUCAGAGGCUAAGUAUGCUGCAUGUGCAUCAGAUACAGACAGCUCACCAGUGACAGAGGGCGAUAGCUGUGUAACUACUUUCACUGACAGUUGUGUUGAUGGGAUCAAGCAGGAAGACUGUGGAUCACUAACACCUUUGACACCAGAAAGUGCUACGAUUGCCUCAAGUGUGCCUGUUAUCCUCCAAAUCCAACCCAUACAGGUCAAACAAGAACCAAAUUCCAGUGCUGCAUCAGACACCAUCCCGGAUCAGUCCCAGAAAACCCAUUCCCAACCAACUGAAUCCCCAUCGUCUAUCAAAAUUGCUCAGCUCCUGGUCAACAUCCAGGGGCAGACAUUUGCUUUAGUGCCUCAGUUGCUUUCUCCUGCAACAACUAACUCAGGCAAAACAGGGAGCACUGCUCCAUCCAAAUUCGUCCGAAUUGCACCAGUGCCCAUUGCAGCCAAACCCAAUGGGCUUGCGGAAGCGACAUUAGGCCUAGGAGGUUCGGCAGCGGGUGUCCUUACCGGAAGUCAGCGGUACCAGAAGAGCACAGUGGCAGACCUCAUCAAAAUGCACAAGUGCACAUUUCCUGGCUGUAAUAAGAUGUACACCAAGAGCAGUCACCUCAAAGCACAUCUGAGAAGACACACAGGGGAGAAACCCUUUGCAUGCACGUGGCCUGGCUGUGGAUGGAGGUUCUCCCGGUCCGAUGAGCUGUCAAGGCACCGCCGCUCCCACUCCGGUGUGAAGCCGUACCAAUGCAUCGUCUGCGAGAAGAAGUUUGCUCGCAGCGAUCACCUGUCAAAACACCUCAAAGUCCACCGCUUUCCCCGAAGCAACAGGACAGGACGCUCUGUAAAUGGACCCCUCUGACCCCUGACGUGACGGAGUGACGCUCAGCGGAGGAGACGGAGGGAGGGCUGGAUGUCUGUGACGAAAGACUGAGCAGGACAAUCCAAACACCCUUAAAAGGCCUCAGUAAAGGGCUGUAUGUGCGUGUGACACGCGUUCUUGGUACUGUGAUAAUUUAUUGGGUAACGAGGAGAAGACUGUAAAAAACUAAACAGGAAACUGUUACUUGACGCAGCAAUGUCACAGGUGGAAUAAGCUUUUCAUAAUAGAAAUUUCAUCCUCAAAUCUUUUAGCUUAUCUGUUUAGAAGACAAAUUUGCUAUUUUUACACUUUUAGGAGCAUCUUAUGAACAAAUCAUCCUUAUUAAUUUUUUUUCAGUCACUGAAGAAUCUACUACUUUUUAAAAUCCCUCUUUUUUUUACCUUUCUGGUAAUUGUUUUUUUGAAAAGGAUAUUGUCCACAAUGAACAUGAAAAUGGAGCCUAAAAAAAUAACAGGAUGUUACAGCAGGCUUGGUUGAAUUCUUUCUCAAGGAUUUCAAAGUAGCAGAUGCAUCAACAUUCCUGAAGCUUAAAAAGGUUUCUUUGACGCCCCAGAGUCUCAAAAUUGGGAAAAAUGUUAAAGAAGCUCCACAAAAUAACAAAGCUCAGUUUCAUGUUGAUUUACUGCUCUCCAUUGUAAAUCAUCACACUGUGUAAUUAGCACUGGCACAUAGGAAACUUGUCCUAUGUGCCAGUAGGAGAAUCUCUGAGUAAAUUGUGUUGUUUUACUGCA